AGCACAGACGUUGAUAUCAAGCCUCGACUCCCCAGGAAGAUUGGCUUGGGGAAGGCAAGACCCUCAAUUUACUACAAGUUCAGAUGCCAGGUCCAGUUGAGUGAUGGGUCUGUCAUUUUCAGAAAGUCUCAAUUCCCAAAAGUCAACUUGAAAAUCAUCAACGAUCAAAGAAACAACGGGCUCUGGAAUCCAAGCAAAGGUGCUUUAGGUCAGGUUGACCAAAGUGGUUUGGACAGAUUGGAGAAAUUCAAUAAGAGAUUUGGUCUAUUUACUCCUUCAAAGAAAGAGAGUGUUUCCGAUAAACCAGAAACAAAGAAACAAACACCAGACCAAUCAGUCAAAUCUCAAACCAAAAAAGAGCCUGAGGUUGAGUCUCAAAGCUCGGAAUUUUCAGAAGACGAUUAUCUUAGUCUUUUGGGUGAGAACGCUCAGGAGGUUCAAUCUGGUGGUAAACUACAGACUAAAAAGAAAGGAAAG